UAAAUUAUGCUAAUUACAAACCUGUUUAGCAACAUGGCUGCUUUUCGCAUCGCGGUGCAAAAUGUGCUCAAGUCUCGUCUAAUUUCUCCAGUUUUGUCUAGUAAAUUCACUCCUUUGAGGAGAAUACACACAGCGUUGCUUCUUAAUUCAGAAAGAAAAUUCACGAAGGAACAUGAAUGGAUUAUGGUGGAAAAUGAUGUUGGAACUGUAGGAAUCUCUGAUCACGCACAAAAUCAGUUGGGUGACAUUGUCUAUGUUGAAUUACCUGAAGUUGGGAAAACUAUUGAAAAGGAUGAUGUUUAUGGUGUUGUUGAAAGCGUAAAGGCAGCAAGUGAUCUGUAUUCACCUGCUUCAGGUGAAAUUGUUGAAGUGAAUGAAGAUUUAAAUGAAAAUCCUGAAUUAGUGAACCAAGAACCUUAUGAUGCUGGUUGGAUUGCAAAAUUGAAGCUAUCAGACAUAUCCCAAAUUGAUGAGCUAAUGGAUGCAACUGCAUAUGAUGAAUUUGUAAAGGAAACAGAGGAGGAAUGAUAUUUUUUCACACAUAAACAAACAUGAAAACACUGUGUUGUCCUAAAGCUAUACUCAGUGUAAAAAUAUUUGGAACAGUAAAGCCUAAAGCACAAUUUGUUCUAUGUUAAUAAAACUGUAACUUGCUCUGAAGUAAAUAAAAACAAGAUAUUGUUUAGUAAUGUU